AUGGCUGAAAAAUUGCAUCAAUCGCAUUUCAAAGUUAUCAUAGUCGGAGGAUCGAUUACAGGCUUGACGCUUGCCAAUGCACUGUCUCGCAUGAAGAUUGACUUUCUCGUGCUUGAAACCCGGGAUGUCAUCUCACCGUGUCUUGGAGCUGCCUCGAUGAUACCAAAUGGGACUCUUUAUGCGUGGCAGGAGAAUGGGAGGUUACUGAGCAAGUGUGAUACACUCAAUGUCGUUCAAGAUCGUCACGGAUACCCAGCUGGAUGGAUCGACCGCGGACAGCUGCUUCAGAUCCUUCUCAACCAUAUUUACGAGAAAGAAAAGAUCCUACUGCGGAAGAGAUUUGUCAAGGCUGAGCAUUGUGCAGAGGGGAUCAUCGCACAUUGCUCUGAUGGCAGCUCAUUCAAAGGUGAUAUCAUCAUCGGUGCUGAUGGAGUCCACAGCUCAGUUCGGCAAGACAUGUGGCAGCAUAUGAAAGAUGAUAGGUUAGAAGAGAUUUUGGACACAGACGAGACAGCAAUGACAGCUGAAUACUCGUGUGUGUAUGGAGUAUCCAAAGCCGUAGCUGGGAUUGAAGAUGGAGUAACACAUCGCACGAUGGGCAGGGGAUUUAGCUUCUUGCUCACUCCUGGAACAAAAAAUCACUUUUACUGGUAUCUGACUGUCAAAAUGGACAAACAGUAUCGGAGUCCUCAUAUUCCGAGAUACAACAAAUCUGAAAUAGAAGCACAUAUUAGCCGUUAUCUGGAGCAAGAAGUGGCUCCUAAUAUCCGACUCAAGUCUAUCUACGACAACACCACAUAUUGCCACUACGCUCCACUUGAAGAGGCAACAUACGAGCACUGGACAUGGAGGCAAGUUGUAUGCCUUGGAGACUCAAUCCACAAGGCGAACGACUCAUACUUUGGGCCUUGGCGCCAAUACUGCCAUCGAAAAUGCCGCGUCAUUGGCAAACUGCCUGGCUUCUAUGAUGAAAUCACAAUCUGCUUCACCCCUCUCGGUUGA